AUGGGUCAAACAAUCGGCAGAAUGCCUAAGACGUGGAUUGGUACCCUGGAAGAGAAAGAUCGGAUUUUACAUUACAGUUCGGAAAUCUUGGCUCUCGUGCUGGAUUAUAUUAGAAAUGAAGAUACCUUCCUCAUGUCCUACGACGACGACAAGAUCGAAGAUAAAGUAAAAAUGUGGAUAAAAAAUCAAACACGAGAUGAGAAGUUUGAAAUGUUGCUGAUCUCGUCACUGUUACUAAAAAAUGCAGUAAACGAUGGAAUUAACAAGAUUAUUAUUGGAAAAAUGAGAAAGGAUUACCGAAAGGCUUACAAUGACAUUAAAAAAUUUAACAAAAAGGUGGAUAAGCUUGGCGCAAAUCAAAGGAAGCUACAUGCAGAAAUACAAAGUUUAGAGGAGGAAUGCGCGUAUGAUUUGAAGAAAUUUCAAAAAAAAUUUGGGCUGUUGCGACGGAAAGUCUUCGAUAACUUAAGAACCGGGGAAAAAAUGAUUUUUCAAGAUAGAAGAUUGAAACGUGCUUUUAUUAAACAAAUUUACGUUAUUGAUGACAAAUACUCGGCUGAGUGUGCCAAACAAAUUGAUAAAUUACUUAAAAUUUUGUAAAAAUUUUAAUUUUUUAUUAUCUUUUUAUUAGUUAACUAGUUUAAUUCACGUGUUUUAUAAAUUGAUAAUAAACAUUAACGAAAA